UCCGCUUUGUCUUCGGUAACAUUAGCUAGUUUGUUUUGCGUGUAACUGACUGUUACCGAAAAUACCGUUUGUUUCCGAGUAAUAUCGUUUUAAUACUUAAAGUAAUUGAGUUUAAUAACGUAUAAUACUCUUUAUUUUAUGAGAUUUACAGAAAAAUCUAGUUUUAAUGACACUAUAGUUGGUACUAAACUGGUUAGCUUCGGCGACUAGCUAACAGCUAGCUCCUUUUUUGCCGCAUCUAAGCGCCAUGGCGGGGAAUCAGCAGCAGCAGCAGCAGCAGGCCGUGAGCAAACCUCCUUCAGGGAAACACGGCAAUGUUUUACCUCUAUGGGGCAACGAGAAAACAAUGAAUCUAAACCCUAUGAUUCUUACAAAUGUGUUAUCGUCUCCGUAUUUCAAGGUUCAGUUGUAUGAGCUGAAGACCUACCAUGAGGUCGUGGACGAAAUCUACUUCAAGGUAACCCAUGCAGAGCCCUGGGAGAAAGGCAGCAGGAAGACUGCAGGGCAGACUGGAAUGUGCGGAGGGGUGCGAGGAGUAGGCACGGGUGGUAUUGUCUCCACAGCUUUUUGCCUUCUGUAUAAGCUGUUCACGCUGAAACUAACUCGCAAACAAGUGAUGGGUCUCAUUACACACACAGACUCCCCGUACAUCCGAGCACUUGGCUUCAUGUAUAUACGAUACACACAACCCCCUGCAGACCUGAUUGAGUGGUUUGAGCCCUUCCUAGAUGAUGAGGAGGAGCUGGACGUGAAGGCCGGCGGUGGGUGCGUGAUGACAGUUGGUGAGAUGCUUCGCUCCUUCCUCACAAAACUUGAGUGGUUCUCCACACUGUUUCCACGUAUCCCAGUGCCUGUGCAGAAAGCCAUCGACACACAGAUGAAAAACCGACCACGCAAACCACCACAAAAAGAAGGCAAAGAGGAUGAGGAGGAUGGAGACUGGCACCGCUCAAGGUCCCCAAGGAGAACACCGAGUCCUCGGAGAUCCCCAAACCGUUCCCGGAGCCGCAGUCGCCACCGAGAACGGCAUGGAGCCAGCUUCGACCGUGAGCUUGAGAGAGAGCGGGACCGACAGCGAAAAGAUAAAGACAGGGAACGGGACAAAGGCGACCGAGACAGGUGUGCAGACAGGGACAGAGAUCGAGAGAGGGAUCGUCGGCAUUCCCAAACCCCAGAUCGGGCCACGGAGAAGCGAAGAAGUCGCGAGCAGAGGAACGAGCGUAAAGAGCGGGAUGGCGAGAGUGAAAGAGAACGGAGCCGUCGGAAGGAGCGGGAUCACAAAGAGCGCUCAAGUGGCACAGAGCGAGAAAGGGGGCGCUCAAAAGAUAAGCGAGCCAAAGGAGACGAUGAUGCAUGGCGUCACAAGGAUGAGCGAGAGGAGAGGAAGCACAGGGAGGAACGUAAGAGCAAGCGGUCAAGCCAGAGUCGGAGUAGAGAGAGGAGGCACAAAGGUGAACGUUCGAGUAGAAAAUGUUCGCGGUCACGCUCCAGGAGCCGUCAGGAACCAGAGGAGAAGAGCAGGAGGCAUGAGUGCAGCCACAGCAAAGAGCAUAUGCACAAACACAGUCGCAGCCGAGAACGCAGUCACCGCAGAGAAGCAAGCAACGGGAAAAACCAUAUGAGAAUGGACACUGAAGGGACUCCAUGAGUUUACUUUCUCCCUCACUUGUCUUUUCUGUCUUCUCUUGGGACUUUGCCAUGCACCAUUGCCAUUGUCCUACUAAGUCAAUUGAUGUAGAUCUCAUGCAACUUUUUCUGUUCCAUCAUACUUAAACCUAGAAUGGACAUAACAAAAUAAUGCUUACCUUUUUAAAUAUUUCUUUUGUUUUGAAGAAACUCUGUAUAUAUAAUUUCGGAGAAUAUUUUAAAUCAUACAGAUGAACAUGUGCUGAGUGAAACUGGCAGCAUAAACCUGCUGAAAUUGUGCUGUGUUGCAUCUUAUUUCUUAAUAAAAAUCUUGUAUGAAAAGAGAA